AUGUCCAGGAGAGCCCCGAACCCCGCUGCUGAGCGGGCGGCGCAAAACACAGCUACUCUCAAGAGUCUCGUCAAGUUGGAGGCCAAUAAGGUCUGCUCCGAUUGCAAAAAGAACAAGCAUCCUCGAUGGGCCAGUUGGAACCUGGGCGUCUUUAUCUGUAUCCGAUGCUCGGGCAUCCACCGUGGCAUGGGCACUCACAUCAGCCGAGUUAAGUCCGUCGACCUCGAUUCCUGGACCGACGAACAACUCCAGAGCGUUCUGCGCUGGGGCAAUGCCCGCGCCAACAAGUACUGGGAGGCCAAGCUUGCGCCGGGCCACGCUCCCUCCGAAGCCAAGAUCGAGAACUUUAUCCGCACAAAGUACGAACUCAAGCGAUGGGUCAUGGACGGCCCCAUGCCCGAUCCUGCGUCUCUAGAUGCCGACGGUGAUGACGAUGUGCCCCUGAGCAUUGUUAAGGAGAAGCAGGUCAUAGAGCGCAAGGAAUCCAUCAGAAAGGCUUCACUGGGCAACUCACAGGCACCACAUGCAUCACAUGCUAUCGCCGCGCCUCAGGAGGAUCUCAUCGGAGGAGAUCCUGUUCCUAUUCGAUCAAGCAGCGCCGCUCCCCAUGGGGCCAAGGUUGCCCCCAAGGGCGAACCUGCUCCUCCCAGGACAACCAGCACAAAGGACUCGCUACUAGGACUCGACUUCUUCGGUGAGCCACAGGCUCCUCCCCGACCAGCUAGCACAACCGGUACCGCCCCGAGUGGUCAGUCCCGUCCCGAUCUGAAGCAGUCUAUUCUUUCUCUAUACGCCUCUGCACCUCGACCGCAAGCUCAUGCCCAACCUCAGCAACCGCCGUCUUCAGGAGGGUUUGGCGGGCUCGCCUCUCCUACUUUUAGCCACCAGUCUCAGGGCUCAGUUGGCGGUUUCAGCGACGCCUUCAGCAGUCUUAGCAUGUCAAACGCACCCAAGCCUGCUGCGCCCGACCCAUUUGCCAGCCUUGGCUCUUCCAGCCGAAACACAUCGAGCAACAAUGCCUUUGGUGGCCUAGGAGGCGGUAGCUUCUUCGACAGCAAGCCCUCUCAGCCUGCCGCCCCUACUCAUCAACAUCAAUCUUCCAACUUCUCCAACUUUGGUGGCUUUGCAUCCCCAGCACCGGCUGCUCCCGCUGCCGCUGCACCCAAGCCUACUCAAUCAUCUGCCAUGGGUGAUCUCUUCGACCUUUCUGCGCCUGUGACUACAUCGCCUCCUCCGCAACAGCCCGCGCCCGUUUCCAGCUCUGUCUUCAAUCUCUCAUCCCCUCAAAGCCCCCCUGCUGUUGCGCCUACCAACACUACUACGACUACCAACACAACAAGCUCCAUUGGCGGAUUCUCUGGUGCUGAUGUCUGGGGGGGUGGAAGUGAAUGGGGAGCCCCUGCAGCUCCUUCACCGGCUCCUGUACAGAGAGCCCCUGAACCACCAAAGCCCGCGGCUAAUGACUUUGGAUGGAGCAAUUCGGGAGGUGCUUUUGCUAACACUCCUAUUGUUCCUGGUGCAUCUGGGGGUUUCAACCCCAUCGCGUCACCCAAGGUAUCAGCCGACGAGGAAUUUGGAGGAUGGACAAGCAGCGGACCUGCUGCUGGUGGCAGUAGUAGUCAAGCGAAGCCUAGUGGUGGCUUCGGUGGGGAUGAUGACUUGUUCUCCAAUGUGUGGUCAUAG